AUGCCGAACCUUCGGCACCACCGCAGACACCACUCCUGGCCCCACUGCGGCUCCGAGCUCUGCAUGCGCGCUCCGUCCAACCUGGAGAUUCGCAAUCUCAAGCCAAUAACUAUCACUGACGCUAGCCAACAGUGGGCCUUUCAACAGUCCACUGUCGUUCCUCUCAUCGCAGAGGAAGAACCAGGCACUGAUGAUGCCGACAUGGCAGGGAUUGUCAGGACACCAUCACGAAGUGUGCACCGCCUCUGGUCCCGCCCUAUACAGAAGCCACGAUGCGACGAUCUUCCAGGUUCUGCGUCAGCCGCUGAAGCUCGGAAGCAUGUUCAUCGCAGUGUGCUUCGGCGGCUGAUUCGUCGACCGCCGCUCGAUAAAACUCGGUCCCUGUUUGUCAUGCCGACAAUGCUGAAUACUGGAGAUCAGGCCAUGAUUUCUGGUUGGAUGCCCCCAAGGCUGUCGGCGAGGCCGGUGAUGGUGACUGAGAGAAGGGGCGCCCUUUCAGUGGCCGAUUCGCCGCAAUUUGUUGCUGAAAAGAGGCAUAGGAGGUCGCAUUCUGCGCAGCCGCGGUCGUGGAGAGAGCCGAGUGCGAGUCUUUUCAGUUUGAAGGAGGAAUGA